AUGGCGACUUCUUCCUCUUCCCCUUCAGUCAAAAUUGACGGUUUGCUUGGGAUGAUUACUCUUCGUCACAAGGACGAUAAUUUUCUCAAGUGGAGUUUUCAAUUGGAAUUCGUUCUUCAGGGUUAUGAUCUUUUUGGGCAUUUUGACGGAACUGAUAUUGCUCCUCCUCGCUUUGCUAUUGUUGAUGAGGUGGGUGUUACAUCUGAAGUUACUGCUGCUUACAAGGAUUGGAUUCGCACAGAUAAGGCUUUACUCAGUUUGCUCAUUGCCACUCUCUCUGAUGAGGCCAUAGAGUAUGUUAUUGGCACCAAGACUGCUCGUGACGCCUGGCUAAGUCUUUCUGAUCGUUAUGUGUCGAUUUCUAGGGCACGAAUCAAUCAUUUGAAGACUGAAUUACAGACGGCCCAGAAGGGUGGAGACUCGAUCGAGCGCUUUCUCUUGCGUUUGAAAACGGUCCGUGACCAAUUAGUUCAAGCUGGGGUUAAGGUGUCUGACGAUGACUUUAUGAUUGCUACUCUUAAUGGUCUCCCUCAGGAAUAUGACAUGAUCAAGACGGUUUUGAUUGCAAGGGAUACUCCAAUUUCCUUGAAGGAUUUUCGCGCUCAAUUGCUAGCUGCAGAGCAAACUGCAGAAGCUCGAUUGGUUCCUCACUCUGCGAUGUUUGUUACUCCGUCGUCUUCGUCAUAUGCUUCUGUGAAUGCUAUGGGCCUUUCUAAUUCUGGUAUGGGUUUAUUACCUACUCCAUCUUCUUUACCAGUUGCCUAUAUGGGGUCCUAUGAUCGGUCUGUUCUGCCUUCAUUAGAUCGCAAUUUUGGUUCAAGACCUGUUCUUGGUAACAAUGGUGGUUUUAGUCGUUUUAACGAUCAUCAACAUCACGGUAUUGGCAAUAGCCAGCACGGAGGUUUUUCUGGUUUUCCUAAUCAUUCUGGUUCUGGAAGAGGUAGAUUUCAAAGCAGAGCCUCUCCUUCAUCUUUCUCAGGAAAUCGAUUUGGUUCCAAUUCUUCUCAGAAAUCUGCAGUUGUUCCUGAAUGUCAGAUAUGUAGCAAACGGGGUCACACGGCUGCUAAUUGUUAUUUUCGCCAUGAGGCAAGCUCUUCUAGGCAUGGGAAUCAGGUUAUUGAAUGUCAAAUCUGUGGUAAGAAGGGUCAUGGAGCCUUGGAUUGUUUCCAUAGAUCCAACUAUGUCUAUCAGGGUCAAGCUCCUCCUUCCAACCUUUCUGCUAUGACUGCCCAAACUUCCUAUGUGCCUGAUCAAGUCUGGAUUGCAGAUAGUGGGGCGUCUCAUCACAUGGUGUCUGAUAUUUCCUCAUUAAAUCAUGUUGCUCCUUGUGAAUCUACAGAGCAAGUGAUUGUUGGUAAUGGAGAAGGUUUGAAAAUUAAACACAUUGGUACUACUGCCAUUGCCUGUGCUUCUACUUCUCUUAAACUGCCAUCAGUAUUUCAUGUUCCACAGUUAUCUGCUAAUCUUUUGUCUGUGCAUCAGCUGUGCAAAGAUAAUAAUUGUGUUAUCAGCUUUGAUGCUUCUGGUUUUGUGAUACAGGAUCGAGUCACCAAGACAAUCCUCCUAAAAGGUCGGAGUAACAAUGGAUUGUAUCCAAUUCCCUCUGCUGUAUCCUCUCAUUGCUUGUCCAAGAAAGUAGCUUUGCUUGGUCAACAUGUUAAGUCUUCCAUUUGGCAUCACAAACUUGGCCAUCCAACGAAUGAAGUGGUGCAAUCAAUGCUUAAAGCCUCUGGUUUGCAGUGUGCAAAUGACUCUUCAAAUUCGAAUUCGAAUCCCUUGUGUUCAGCUUGUCUUCAAGGGAAGAUGCAUCGGCUUCCAUUUCCUAUUAGACAUAGUAGGUCUGAAAUUCCUUUUCAUACAGUUCAUAGCGACGUAUGGGGACCUUCUCAUUACAAAUCUGUUGAGGGUUACAGAUAUUUUGUUUCCUUCCUUGAUGAAUGUACCGGAUAUUUGUGGGUUUAUCCCCUUUUCAAUAAAUCAGAAGUUUUCUCCAAAUUCCUGCAGUUUCAUGCUUUGAUACAAAAUCAAUUCAGUGCUGCUAUUAAGUGUUUUCAGAGUGAUGGUGGUGGUGAGUUUCUUAGCAAGGUUUUUACAGAUUUUUUGGCUUCUAAGGGAAUUGUGCGUCGUUUGUCCUGCCCUUAUACUCCGCAGCAGAAUGGACUGGCAGAGCGGAAGAAUAGGCAUAUUAUUGAAUCAACCAUUACCCUGUUAACUGCAGCAGCCUUGCCAGGUCAAUUUUGGUUUCAUUCCACUGCUCAUGCUGUGUAUCUUAUAAAUCGAAUGCCCAGCUAUGUUUUACAUAAUCAGUCUCCUUAUUUUCGUUUAUUUGGCCAUCAUCCUGAUCUUGCUUCUUUGAGAAUAUUUGGUACUGCGGUAUAUCCGUAUCUGAGACAUUAUAAUGUGCAUAAGUUACAACUGCGAACCACUCAGUGCGUGUUCUUGGGAUAUUCACCUGGUUACAAGGGAGUUAUUUGCUACAAUCGAAUUACUGCAAAAUGUGUAAUCUCAAGGCAUGUUCUUCAUGAUGAAGCUAUAUUUCCUUUUAAGCAAAUUAAUCCUGGUAUAUGUGGGCAGUCUUCUCAGUUUUCUUCUACUGCAUCAGUGGCUCCUGUCAUUAUUUCUCUGCCUUCAAGGCCUUAUCAAGCUUCUCUUAAUGCUCAAGAUCCAUCGUCUCUAGCCUCUGAUACACAAGUAUCUACUUCUCAGUCUCAGUCCAUCUCAUCUACUCAUGAGUCUUUAUCUCCCAUCCAACAUCAAGCAUCGUUGGAUGAUAUUCUGGUGGCUUCUACAGGUUCUAUACCUGUGUUGAAUGAACAACAAUUACAGGUUAUGUUUCCGUUUGAGGUCUCUGAUGCUUCCUCUUCUUCUGUUAGCACUCAGGACAAAUCAAUUUCUAAUGCUUCCUCUUCUUCUGUUAGUACUCAAGACUCAUCGGUUUCUUUAUUUCCUAUCAAUAAUCAUUCCAUGAUUACUCGGGCCAAAAAUGAUGAGCCUUCUAGUUUUAAGGUGGCCUCGUUUUCUUCUGAGUGGAGGCAGGCUAUGAAAGAGGAGAUUGAUGCUCUUCAUAUGCAAGGCACAUGGUUUUUAGUUCCUAAUCCAGGUGAUAAAAAUAUUAUUGGCAGUAAGUGGGUUUAUAAAAUAAAGAGAAAUCCAGAUGGUACAGUGGGUAGAUAUAAGGCUAGACUUGUUGCUCAGGGGUUCAGUCAAGAGCCUGGUUUUGACUUUGGGGAAACCUUCAGUCCUGUUGUUAGACACACAACAGUGAGGUUAGUAUUAAGCAUAGCUGCUAUGAACCAGUGGAAACUACGACAACUUGAUGUCAAGAACGCUUUCCUACAUGGCGAUCUUGAAGAAGAAGUUUUUAUGAAACAGCCUCUUGGUUUUGAAGAUUCUACUCAUCCACAGUUUGUAUGUAAACUGAAAAAAUCUUUGUAUGGUCUUAAACAGGCUCCAAGGGCAUGGAAUGCCAAAUUCACAGGUUACUUACCUACUCUUGGCUUUAAAUCUUCACAUUCAGAUCCAAGUCUAUUUGUGCAGCAUACUGGGAAUGAUAUUAUCAUUCUACUCCUAUAUGUUGAUGAUAUCAUUAUAACAGGUUCUAGUGAUCAGUUGAUUCAAAGAGUGGUUACAGACUUAAGUGAGGUGUUUGAAAUGAAAGAUAUGGGGCAGCUCACCUUUUUCUUAGGUCUGCAGAUUUCCUAUAAUUCCUCUGGUGACAUAUUUGUGAGUCAAACUAAGUAUGCCAAGGAUCUACUACAUAAAGCUGGCAUGAGUUCAUGUAGAGCUUGUGCAACACCUUGUAAGCCACACACUCAAGUGUUACAGACUGAUGGUGAGCCCUUGGCAGAUCCCACUAUGUUUCGCAGUCUAGUAGGUGCUUUACAGUAUCUAACAUUUACAAGACCUGAUCUGGCCUAUGCUGUGAAUCAUGUGUGUCAAUAUAUGAAUAAUCCUACUGAGGUUCACUAUUUUUUGGUGAAGCGUAUUCUCAGAUAUGUACAGGGUACAUUAGAAUAUGGAAUCAUUUUUACAAAGGGUCCUUGGCAGCUUAAUGCAUACAGUGAUGCAGAUUGGGCAGGGGAUAUCAAUACUAGAAGAUCUACAACCGGAUCUGUGGUAUUCUUGGGUAGUAAUCCUAUCUCCUGGCAGUCCAAGAAGCAAGGUUCUGUGUCUAGGAGUUCAACAGAGGCAGAAUACAGGGCCUUAGCAAACACAGCUGCUGACUUGUCAUGGAUUCGACAGGUUCUCUUGGAUCUGAAGAUGUUUCUGCCAAAUGCUCCUCUUAUGUAUUGUGACAACUUAUCAGCACUGGCUUUAAGCUCAAACCCAGUUUACCAUUCUCGAAUUAAGCAUUUGGAUAUAGACUUUCACUUUGUGAGAGAGAAGGUACAAAGAAAGGAUCUUAUUGUCCAGUAUAUACCUACUGAAGAACAAAUAGCAGAUGUUUUUACAAAGGGGUUACACAGUCCCAUUUUCUUACAACACUGUCUUCAUCUUAGACUGAGGAGUUCAGCUGGGUAG